CACAACUCCCUGUACGGAGAAUUAAAAUACAGCGAUGUGAUUGGCUAGUUGAGAUAAUCCAAUGGAGAGGGUUUCUGCUGAGGUUCUUUAGAAGCAGAGAUUUGUAGCUCUAUUUGACAAGUAUUCAAUCCGUUCUUCUCUAGUAAACAGCAGCUCUGAUUCUACAAUCAAAACAAAACCUCAAUCUUCAUAAUAAUAAUUUAAUAAAAACUGGUCUUCAUCUGUUUAUUUAAAAUUAAUUGUCACAUUUUUGGACGAAAUAAAAAAACUUUCUACAAAAAAAAUUUCUCUGAUCAAAACAUUUCACAACUGAUCUUUAUCAGAGUAGCGAACUCUCCUAGGUUUAAAUAACUUUGAAUUCCUCGAAUACCUCACAAAUUGGUGAACAAACUGAUAACAUUUAUCUAACUGCUCGUGAUCAAAAAUGAAUCUGUACCCGUCAGCAGCCGAGAUGUCCUACUUGAAGCAGGUUCAACAAGCAGCCGCAGUCGCUUCUCACCAUCCCGCCUACAUGCAGCCGGGAGCUGCAGCUCACUCGAUGUUGUCACAUCACCAUCACCCCCAGAUGGACCUGCUUCACCAUCCAAUGUCCAUGAACUACCCUGUUCCGGGAGCCCACCACCAAAUGCAAGGCGCCAAUGCCAUUCCAGCGGGACGCAAACAGCGAAGAGAGAGGACCACAUUCACUCGGACCCAGCUGGAGAUUCUGGAGGCACUGUUCAGCAAGACCAGAUAUCCGGACAUCUUCAUGCGGGAGGAAGUGGCCAAUAGAAUCAACCUGCCCGAGUCGAGAGUACAGGUUUGGUUUAAGAACCGACGUGCAAAGUGCCGACAGCAACAACAGCAGACACAAAAUGACAAGACCGACAAAGCUACUCCUUCGCCUGACAACUCUGACUUGAAGAAAGACCCAACCGACUCUCAACUGACACCAGGAUCCCAAAUGAACUCUCAGCUUCAACAAGACACCGGAAGUCCGACCAUGAAAGUCGAAAAUGUGAUCAAAAACGAACUGUGCGACAACCUUUUGAAGAAAACUACACACGUCGCUCCGGAUUUCAAUGAUCUCGGAAAUGUUUUGAAACAACAGCAGGAAUUGUCAAGUCCACAGGAUCAUGAUAUAGUGCGAAACGGUGUUUUGGGUGCCAUCGGCAGCAAAGACAUGAAUGAUAUCUCAAACAUCGCGAGGUCCGAAUCAUCCCCGUUUUUGCCCAGUGUUUCCUCCAGUUUCAUUAACAUCUGGAACCCGGCCGGAGCUAUGCACAACCAUUCCAGUGUUUCCAGCUACAAUCCAGAUAUGAAUUCGGCUGCUGGACUCGGACGUCCCUCGGGAAUCCCGAACUAUAACCAGGCUGCUCAGACUUCGUUCUAUCCUUCGGGGUACUACAGUUUCGACACUUCGUACGCGCCUUACUUCAACAACUCAUAUCAAACGUCGGCAGCUGCCGGUGCUGCUCUCUCGGCCGCCGCUGCGUCCCGAUAUCCCUACUCUGUCGGAACUGAUGACAACACGAAUGCGCUUUUCAACCCGAUUACAAGCUCGGCCGGAGGACUGACCUCCGAAAUUAAGCAGGAUGUGAUCCGAAACCCGCUCAAUGAUUUGCCCCCUGUUUGGAAGGGCUACUGAAACUUAAAGUGUAAUCAUCAACUCUAGCCGAUCAAUGUUUGUUUUUGACAAUUUGGCGCUUUAAACUCGGAAGCGUCAAAUCUGAAGUUUGAGCUAAACUCAAAAAUCUGAUAGAAUUUGAUUUACUUUUCAACAUAUCUUAUGCAAUUUCUUUUGUAAAAUAACCCAAAAAAAUGAUUUAGAAACAUUCGAUGCAUGCUUGCACCUUUUAGAUGUUUUGUAUUUUAUAGUGACCUCAAUUAUUUCACUUUCUGUAUA